GGGGGUCAGCGGCUAACUAUGAGUAGCAACACGUAGCAACACGUCUCUAGCUUCGUGCCUCUGGACAUUUAAUUAUUCAUAACACGUUCUGCCGAAUUUGAGCAUAAUUCUCUAUUAAUAAUGCGGUGAAUUUGUGCAUUUAGUCCGCGGUAAAUCCAACUUUGACACAAGCUAACUGCUAGCAUAGCCUCAGCUAACGUUCUCACCUAGCAACCGCCAAACGUCGUCCGCCCGUCUGAACUUACCAUGGCUCUUGUCACGCUUCGGCUCCAUGGCAGGCAACUGUGGCUUUUCACGGUUUAAAACAUUCACAUUAAGGUGGGGAGGUGUCGUUUUUGGUGGAGUAAAAAAAUGUGUGUGUCCAGGAUGUGACCAGGACCAGGCACGGACCGCACUGCAGGUGGAUACGGACCUCAGCCUCCUCUGCGGCGCAUCAGCUCCAGGGAUUAGCCCGGAGGAGAGGAUGGAGGAGAGGAUGGAGGAGAGGAUGGAGGAGGCGGAGAUCAGUUACUGCAGAUGCCGAUCUCAAUCAUUUGACUGAAUUUGUGGCACCACAACUGCAGGACCUUCAACCAACCAGCAUUCACCAGCAGAUGGUCCUAUCACACUGGAGUCUGGAUGUUGGCUCUCCGAGACUCCACACAAAGCGGAACCUGGACACCAUGUUUUUGGGCUUCAACAUCAUGGAGUUUACAGUGAAGAUCAGUGGAUUCUGAGACGGUCCCUUUACCCUGGAUCCUAAAUGUCGUCACUCAAGAGGAGGCUGUUGUUAUUCUGUGAUGUGAAUGUGUACAAACCUAACGCUCUGGUGGCAGGAUGGGGAACAAGCAAACCAUAUUCACUGAUGAGCAGCUCGAUGCCUACCAGGACUGCACUUUCUUCACUCGCAAAGAAAUCCUCAGGCUGCACGGCCGAUACCAUGAGCUGGCUCCACACUUGGUUCCAAUGGAUUACACCAAUGACCCUGAGUGUAAAAUCCCUUUGGCUUUGAUAGUCAACAUGCCGGAACUCAAGGAGAAUCCAUUCCGUAACAGGAUUGUGGAGUCGUUCUCUGAAGAUGGCGCUGGGAACCUGAGCUUUAAUGAGUUCGUGGACAUGUUCUCAGUGCUCAGCGAAACGGCUCCAAGGGAACUGAAGGCAAUAUACGCCUUCAAAAUAUAUGAUUACAAUGUGGAUAACUACUUGUGCAAAGAAGAUCUGGAGAAGGUCCUGAACAAGCUGACGAAGGAGGAGCUGACGCCAGAGGAGGUACAGCUGGUCUGUGAGAAGACCAUCGAGGAGGCCGACCUGGACGGAGACAGCAAACUGUCCUACUCUGACUUUGAGAACAUGAUCUCCAGAGCCCCAGACUUCCUCAGCACUUUCCACAUAAGAAUCUAAAGGGCUCUGAGGAAGAUUUAACAACCUACCUCCGUCUGUGCUGGACACGACACCUCCUCUGGUUGGAGAUGGUAAAAACCGACACUGACAAUGCUAAAAAUAAGGACUUUUAAAAGAACAACAACCAGGAAAGAAUUUCUUUAGUGACUUUUUCGAACAGUGGAUGCAUAACUUAAAUUCCAAUAUGAGAAAAAGGGCUUAUAAAUGUUUUUAUGUUCAAGCAAUAAUGUACGAAACCAAAAAAAAAACCUAACUCACUGAGGGCUGUACUCCCAACAUAUGUGACAGCAGAUAGUGUUUGUCCACUGAUCCAAAGGUUGGUGAUUCAAAUCCCGCUCUCGACGGAAACAUUAGUGGUACGGUACACUGGUGUGUGAAUGUGUGUGUGAGUGUGUGUGUGAAUGGGUGAGUGGUUUCUUGAUGUAAAGCGCUUUGAGCCUUGAAGGUGAAAAAGUGCUGUAUAAAAAUGUAACUAUUUACCAUUUAUUGGGUGAUUGGAAAAAGUAAGAUUAUUUUUGUAUCAUUUCAUGCAUUUUAAAUAAAGGUCUUUUACUUUCC